CGCCAUCUUUGAUCCAAAUAUGGCCACCACUAAAUUAUUUGUAGGGAAUGUCCCUGAAGGAUGUGAAAGCAGAGACUUGCGAGUUUUAUUUGAAAACUUUGGCAAAGUUGUGGAGUGUGAUGUCGUAAAGAACUAUGCAUUUGUGCACUUUUCAUCAUCAGAGGAGGCUAAGACUGCAGCAGCAGCAUUGAACAAAUCCAUGUUUCAGAAUAACACAAUCAGGGUAGAGGUGAGUAACAGCACAGUCCGCCAGAAAGCAGGAAUGGGAGACAAGGAAGGAUGUUAUGUUUGCGGUGGAACUGGACAUUGGGCAAAUGAAUGUCCGUCAAAGGCGCGAAUGGAGAGAGGGGGCAGAGGAGGAGGCAGAGGUCGCGGAGAGGGUGGAUUAAGGGGUAGAGGACCACCAAGGGGUAGAGGAUUUCCACCUCCCCCUCCAAGGAGGGCACCAAGAUAUGAUCCUUAUGCAGAUCCCUACGCUGAUCCUUAUGCAGAGGAUCCUUACGCAGAGGAUCCAUAUGGCGAGGAUCCAUAUGCUGAUCCCUAUGCAGAUCCUUAUGCUGCACCACCAAGACCAAGAUACGCUCCAUAUGCUGACCCUUAUGCUCGACGUGCCAGGAUAGCUGCUGUAAGGGCAGCAAGGGCAGCAGCAGCUGCAGACCCAUUGGGUAGACCACCACCUGAAUAUUAUGCCAAGAAGAGACCAGCUCCAAGAGAUCCCUAUGAGGACCCUUAUGAAUAAGUCACAGUGAUCGGAGAUCGGCUAGCGUGACGUGCAACAGCAGAGCGUAGAAACAACAUUGAAUACGGAUCACGGGAGCGCCACCUUUCAUUCCAUUCUAAAGACUGGCGAACUUAUAUUGUUUGCGUGUUUUCGUGCAACAAUUUUUAAAUGAACUUUUAGUUAUUGAGUCUCAC